GUAAACGUAAUUUAGAUCAAGAAAUGGAUCAUAUUGCCCGAAUAAGAUUUAGCGAAUUUGCCGAAUGGAUCAAGAAACGGGUUUUCCAAAGCGAAAUUAUCAACAAGAUUCGCAAAUACAUUAAAAAUUUCAUCACUAAAAAUUCAGAGUUACGAAAACUAAAAGAAGUUUUAUUAAAAUUGAAAGAGGACGACUUUCUUGAACUUUUGGACUUGACUUUUCAAAGUUAUAACAAUAAAAAUUACUGUGACAAUAAAUCUAAAGAAAGAAUAAAUGAAUUAUUUAAAGACUUGGAAGAAGAUCUUCGCGAAAAAGCAAAAAAAUUACAAGAGUUCCUUAAAGAUAGAUGGUUAUUUGGUCUGGAAAAACUUAGGUCUGGUUUUAGUAGAAUCACAGCUUUGGGUAUUGAAAUUAUUGGUGACGGUAAAGAUAUCAGUGUAGAGACAGCCAGAAAAGCUAUUGAAUUUUUUCAAGAAUAUAAAGAUGAUCUAGGAUCACUCUGGGAUCAAAUUAAUGAAACCACGAAGAGCCACAUUGGACAAUUCUAAACAUGCAAAAGAUUUUAGAUAUAUAUCAAUUUUAGUAUGUAUUAAUAGCACUAAAUAAAUAUUUCAAAUAUUUU